UCGCAAUGUCGGUUGACGAUUAUCCCUUCCACCACUCGCGGCCUGUUGAGGCUAGCGAGCUACCGGAUGGCUAUUUUCAUAUUAUUCCUUGUCGCCUAAUUUCUCCCCCUCUUGACAGCAGCGUCAUCGACCGGGCAAAGGAUGACUGGAGCCGAGCUGUUGGUAAGGAGCUCCCUGUAUCCAUUUUGGACGAAAAAGACUUCUCUAGUUUCCCACAUGUAUACCCGGAAUGUCCACCAAGCAAAAGGGGUUUAAUGCUUGGAUUUGUUACCAUUGCCACGCUGUGGAACGAUGAAAUGGGCACACUUAGGACUGAUGAGCACCAAGCAAUUGUGGAUGACCUUGCCUUGGCAAUCAUGUCUAGGGUCAAGACGGGCACCCCAAUUGCAUGCGAUUAUGAAAUCAAUAAUAUAUACUAUAGCGCACUUACAGGAAUACUUCCGCAGCUUGGGUGCCGAGAUGAUGAGCAGAAUAUUGUUCUGAAAGAAUUCCUGGCGAUACUGCGAUCUCAGCCGAUGCCCUCUCUCAACCAAAUAACAUUUGAUGCAUAUAAAGAACAGAAAAGUAAAAGUAAUGCUGGAAUGUUCGCUAAACUGGUCAUUCCUAUCUGUCACGACCUACAUAUCAGUGAGAAUGAACAGGCCUCGGUGGCAUCGCUCAUCAAGCUUGGUAGCUUGAUUACCGGGCUAGCCAACGAUUAUGAAAGUUUCUAUAAAGACUUCGAGGAGCAUGCCACAAGUGGAAGUCUUGAUGUCAUACCCAAUGCAAUGGCUGUCCUGAUGGCCAACUAUGACUACACGGAGGAAGAAGCAAACAGCAUUCUGAGAAGAGAAAUUCUGUCGCUCGAGCGACAAUUUCUUACAAAUUACGAUGAUUGGAAAGCUUCUCCGGCCUUUAAGUCAGCUGACCUGCGUGCAUACAUGGCCCUCUGGGUCACCAGUGUUGGAGGGACAUGUUAUGCCCAGGCUAUCUCACCGAGAUACCAUGGAAUCAAGCUGAAGACGACUGCAGAAGACCGAGCGCAGCUUGUAUGUCGCAACAAGAGAAACUACAGACUCCAUGGCUAUCCUCCACCAGCUUCAUUUAAGCAAUCUUCAGAGACUCUCAGAAAAGACGGUACGAAUUCUUCAGCCGGAGGUCAGGGGGACAUUUUAGCGCCAUUUAAGAAGGCAUCAGCGGAGCAGACGAUUUCAAAAUUCAUCGAAUGCCUGCGGUCUUGGCUCCACUUGCCAGAUGAUUCGGCCUCUGUCAUAGAGCACAUCACAAAUAUGAUUUUCCACUCGACCCUCAUGAUCGACGACAUUGAGGAUGACUCAAUGCUCCGUCGUGGGAAGCCAGCCGCACAUAUAGUGUUUGGUAAAGCUCAGACUGUCAAUAGCGCAACCUAUUUAUACGCGAAAGCGACUCGUGACCUAGACCAGCUACAACAGGACGCGUGCAAAGCAGCCUUUCUCGACGAACUAGAGACGCUUGCCCUUGGGCAAGCUCUUGAUCUUCACUGGAAAUUUCAGAAGACGUGUCCGACAACGGGCGAAUAUCUUACUAUGGUCGAUAACAAAACUGGGGGGCUCUUCAGGAUGACAUUACGCCUUCUGGAGAUUGAGUCGAAGGCGGAGCCGUGCCCUGAUCUUAUGCAACUCAUAACGCUGAUGGGAAGAUACUACCAAAUCCGAGAUGACUACUUGAAUCUGACGUCAGAUGAGUAUACCGGAACAAAAGGUUACUGCGAGGAUCUCUCGGAGGGCAAAUUGUCCUUCCCUCUUAUCCAUGCUUUGCAAAACAGUCCCGAGGCGGAUAUGCUGCGGGGGCUGUUGUUCCAUCGAGAGAAUGGCCAUGAGCUGUCGCUAGAUAUGAAGAGCUAUAUUGUCGCUGAGAUGAGAAAGGUCGGUAGUCUUGCACAUGCUCGAGAAACUGCAUUGCAGCUGUUCGAUGCAAUGAUGGGUACGUUGGAACGAGUUGAGGCUACCCUUGGUCCCAAUAAAAGAUUGAAGGCCUUAUUGCUAUGGUUAAAGCUGUGA